CCGUGCCAAUGCAAGCGGCAGGACUGCCGCCUCAAUAUGCAGCCGAGCUGACAAAGUUAGCCAAAGUCAAUACCAAGGUGCUACUGGCGUGCUCGAAUCCCCGCAACAGCAAUGCCGGGUCUCCUAUCCAGUGGACCCCCCUUGGCAAGCCAGUGGACGGCGGCGUUCAGCUAUACACUGGCAACGACUCGUCCAUUCACGACAAGUCCCAAUCUGCACUCAAUCUCGUGUGUGGUGUCGUGUACGUCCAAGCGCCUCUCCACGAAGUGUCCCAUGCCCUGGGAAACUUGACGACGAACCCGUACUUGAAGCGCGUUGUAGACGACCCGGUCGUGAUCGAUUCUCGAACGCUGUACGACAUGGACAAACGCGACCGGCGCGCGACGCGGAUACAGUGGAUGUCCAUCCGAAGUGCGUCGGCGCUCAUGCAGCACCGCGACUUUGUCGUCGUGCAGCAUCAAGACGAAGUGGCCAUACCAUCUACCAGUAGUCGCGGGUCGACUGUUCGAGGCUGGGUAUCGUGCAUCCAUUCCGUCAACUUGCCCAUGGUGCCUCCGUUUACGCAAACGUACUUGCGAGGCGGGGUGUACGCGUCGGGGUUUGUGCUCCGCGAAACCAAUCAGCGCCGCAUCACUGAAGCAGUCGUGGUGCUCAAAGUAGACUUCAAGGGGUACGCCCCCCGUCUGCUGUGCACCGGCACCCUCAAGGCGUGGGCCAUGUGUGUUGGCCGCGUGGCGAAGUACUUUCGAACACAUCGGAGUGCGGACAACCUGCACCUACCUCGCGUGCACCUAGACGACGCCCACCAAUUGGCUGGCAACGGACGGUGUUGGGUCUGCCACGAUCGCUUUGGUGUUCACUCGGACAAGCACUCGUGUCGCAAGUGCCACAAGCGAGUGUGCAGUGCCUGCACAACUUGGGCCGACGUCGACUUGGAUAUUGUCGGUCGAAUCAACGUAGUCGUGUGCACGAGCUGUGCUAGCAACGCCAGCAGCAACGCCAGCAGCAACGCUGACCAAUCUCGACCAACGCCCAAGCAACGCCACGCCCCAUCCCGGUCGGCAUCGGCGCGCCAAGCGCCGUCUUCGCAUUCCGUCGACUCGCCAAAGCAGCAGCCCAAGAUGGAGGAAUGUCCUCAUGAGAUAGCCGACGUGGACAAGGAAGUGUCGCCCCGGUUUACUCAGGACAUUCCCAUGCGCCCAUCCGCAGCGACGUGGAUGGACACGCUGAGAUGCGAUCGCCGCCGCCCCCUCCAACACAAGUACGACAAGUUCGACGACGUGAUAGAGGGCUGUUCAUUAAACGAGCCCCCCCCCCCGACGAAGGAGAUGCCUUCGAGGCCUCGGCAGGGCUCUAUGCCCACUCCUCGCGUCGGUCAGGUAGCUGCCCUGCACCACGGUGAGCCCCCCCCUUGUCGCCGGUCGCUAACUCCCACAAGUCACCAUCCAUCUCCUCGUCAUGAUCUCGAAUAUGCGACAUCGUUGGCGCCUCCAAUUCGGCUCAAGUCGUCACAUACCAACGAGCCUCUUGUUCGUCCGUGGGUCGCCACCACGACCAGCAGCACCAUCUCGUCCACAGUAGCGCAGUGUUCAUUUGAGACGUCGUCGGACGACACCAUCGACAGGGCUAGUAGCGGAUUACUACAACUGCCGUACGAUCUCGAGACUAGUAUUACUAGGACUAGUGACGUCAGUGUCGUGGAAGCAUUCACGAGUACGGGCAAUGUCCUCGACUUGACCAAGGGGGACAUUGCUUCGUUUCGGCUUUAACACUGAUGUGUUUAUAUAUAUAUGUACUAGUAUAUAAUUAAUAUAUUGUGGAUUCAGUACA